UCAGGGCUGUACCAAUGUUUUUGUCUGCUUCCAGAGCUACCUUGGGCAACAAAAGGAUUUACGGGAGGAAUUUCAUCUCUGCCAACCUUCCAUCAUGGCGGAAAAGGUUCCUAACUGGCACAGCUAUCUUAAGGUGAUUCAGUCCCGUGAAUAUCAGAGAGUGCAGCAUUUUCAAAAGGCAGAAAACAUUUUGUUUAUUGUACUGGAAAGAGUCAAGACAAUGGAUCCUAGAGUUAUAGUGGAUUAUUCAAGAAACUUGGAAGCCUUGGAAUUUUCCCUCUCCGCUGCAGAAGAUGAAGUUACCAUGGAGGUUCCCUUAUGUGUCAAUGCUGAAGUUCUCCUGAUGCAACCAUGUACAGAUGAACAAAGUAAUGCUGAGAAUGUUACUCAUAGGAAUUGCCAGAUCCCAGGACCAUGCUAUUUAGGGAUACCUAAGCAAGAAACCAACCUAGAAAACUGGACCAAAGAAGAUGUGUUCAGUGCUGUGGAUCACGCCGAUUCCAGGGGACACAUUGUGCCAGGCAAAGUUCUUCAUCUCCUGAAAGAACUGAUAGUUGCUGCCAUUGUUCACUGCAAGCAUCAGAAUCUUAUUAAGCCAGGUGAACUUAGUGCUGAGAGGUUAAAUGAGGAUGGGAUGCAGCUGCCUUUGUUGGUGUCCAGUGACUGGAAAACAAUCUGCUUCAACAUUAUCCCAGUAAUGAGGAGAAAACAGGAUGCUCUGAACAACUGGCAAGAAAGAGGUUUCCCAAAAGGCAGUCUGAGCAAAGUCACUCAAGAAGCUGUUUUCAUUCCUGCCAGUUACCAUCACUGGAGGUGCUCCACCAAUCGUCCCAUCUCGAAACUUGUUCAAAUUGUAAGCACCCUAAAGGGAUAUCGCCUGGACAGCCUCUGCCUUCUUGACCAAAUCAACCAUGAGUACUGGAGAGGAAAAGGGGAGGAAAAGGGGCUCACAUUUCAACAUUUGAAGAUGAUAUUGCUGUGGGCUACUCAUUUUUUUCCUUCCUCUGAAGACUGGCUGAGUCUGGAAGGAUCAGUAUAUCGUCUGCUGGUGAUCUUACUCUGCUGCUUGGUGACCAAAGAUCUUCCCCAUUUUUUAUAUCCAGAGCAAAAUCUGUUCAAGAAUGAUAGUCCGGACCUAACUGCUUUGUAUCCCAAAGUGGAAAGCUUUGCCAUAAGCCCUAAGUAUUUCCUAAAGUUUCAUUUUGCCCAAAGAGAAGGCAAGAAAUUCUAUCAGAAGGAUAAUGGUCUCAAAGCUUUACUUCAACUUCCAGCUGAAAAUAGAGAUUACUGGGAUACUGCCUUUUUUGAUACGCUGCUUAGCAAGUUUCAGAUGUAUCAGAUUACAGACACACAACGGAUAUCUGCUAUGUCAAACACCUUGUCCAAGAUUAAGAAAAUGGUCCAUAACAAAAGUUGAAAAUUCUUGUCUUUCCUGCCUAGAUGAAUUUUUGAAUAUGCGUUAUAUUUAGCUUAUUUCUUGUGAUCAGGCUUCAAUUCUAAUAUUUUGGAGUUUCUUGCUCAAGAAAAUAAGGCACAUAUAGCAUGUCACUCUUCAGUAUAUAAAGGUAGCACUUGUUGAAUUCAAUUUCCUUACUAAGAAUGAUGGUCCAAUUUGUUACUGUCUUUUACACAGGAAGUAAAAUAUAUACAGUGGUCUUAAUUCUCUGUCCAUAUACUGUUUAUCAGAGGUUCACAAAGUUUAGAAAGAAUCACCAGAAGUCUUCCAAAAGUUGCUACUAAAUAGUAAUUGUGAAUGUGACAGCAAUAAUAAUUACAUACAUGCAGAGUAAGACUAUUAAUCUAAUUACUGUAACUUAAAAUUAAUAUAAUUUUUGUCCAGGCUCUCAAAAUCUUCAUUCUGUUCCCCAUUCACCAUGUCAGAAUGGGAUAGUAUACUUCUUAAUAGUAUGCUACUAUAUAAGAAGAAAAUAUUAAGAUAUUCUGAGUCUCUUUAGGAAAUUCCAAUGUUCAGAAUUAAUACAGGAAAAAAGAAUUAAAAAAAGAAGCAAAGUAUUUUUCAAUAGCCUUUUCAGAGCUCAGGAAUAUGUGGACAGCACAGUAUGUUAUUGUUGCAGAUUUCUAAAGGCUGAAAACCUGAUGAAAACAUAGCAUAAGAACUUCUGGUCAUCUAUUGCUUUAGUAGGAAUUUCAGCAGUUCUUUGCUCACUGUCCCCCCUUACUGAUAAUGAUUGGUAGUACAUCUAUGAAUUAAAAACUGCACACAAUAUCUAAGGGGCUGCCACAAAGAAGAGGGAGUCAACCUAUUCUCCAAAGCACCAGAAGGCAGGCCAAAAAGUAAUGGAUGAAAACUAAACAAGGAUAGAAGCAACCUAGAACUAAGGAGAAAUUUCCUGACAAUUAGAAGUUAGUCAGUGGAACGACGUGCCUCCAUAAAUUGUGUAUGCUACAACAAUGGACGUUUUAAAGAAGAGAUUGAACAACCAUUUGGCUGAAAUGGUAUAGGAUUUCCUGCCUGAGCAGGGCGUUGGACUAGAACACCUCCCAGGUCCUGUCCAACUAUUCUGUUCUGUUCUGUUCUGUUCUGUUGUUCUAUUCUAUUCUAUUCUAUUCUAUUCUAUUCUAUUCUAUUCUAUUCUAUUCUAUUCUAUUCUAUUCCAUUCCAUUCCAUUCUUACACUUGCAUACAUCUGUGAAAACCUGGAUGUUAAUCUAGAACUAAACCCUUUUUCCCAUGCAGCCCUUGGAGCCAAAACAGCUGCCAUCUGCAUUGUAGAAAGUGAUCUUUUGUGAAGAACAUACACUUACAAAGCAAUGCUAGAACCUAUAUAAUGUUAAUUACAGCCAUAUAAUGUAUCUGUAUUCUUUCUGCAUAGGAAGAAUUUAUGAAGUAACAAAAUCAUAGAAUAUCUUUUUGUAUGAUUGUACUUAAAGUUAUAUAUGUUCAUGGUGCUGCCAAUUAGUCAUUGUUAUUUUAAAUUCUAUUAUAUGUGUGUUAAUUCAUAUAUGUGAGAAAAGUAAUAAUGUAAUACAACUCUAUAUGAAAACUUGUUAUCUGAUUUUGAUAUCAUAAGUAAUUAAUUUUUCCCAGUUUAUGGCUCAGUUUUAUUCUGAUCAGACACUGUAAAUAUAUCAUUUACUAAUGGCAUCAAGGUAAUUUCAAUACAAUACAUAAUAUAUAUAAUUCGUC